AGUAUUUAAUAAGGGGGAGGGGGCGAUGUUAAUUGUUUAACCCCCUUUGCGGAUUGAUUUACGUUUUAUUGUCGCUUUGUCGGCCUCAUGAAAACUUUAACCAAUCGUUUCGCAGAUAGCCCACAACAUAUUAGCUAACUCUACUUUGUUAGUUGAGAAGUUGAGAGAACAAUUUCUCGUCUUACAUAUAAUUUCCCAAUGAAUCGAAGUGUAUGAUGUUUGAUAAUGUCGAUCUCUGGUGCUAUUAGUAACUAUUUUGUCGAUUCACUUAUAAGUCAUGAAAGCGACGGAUCGGCCGCAACAAAGUUUACUUCGGGGCAAUAUAUAGUAUCCAGACAGCCGGGGGUCCCCGAGCACCCCGAAUUUCCUGCUUGUAAUUUUCAACCGAAAUCUCCCGUGUUCGGUACCUCUUGGACCCCCGUGUACGCUCAGUCCUCUGCCAAUGUCUCCACAUUGUACCAUCCAUACGUGCAGUCUCACCCCAUUCAGCCUGAUAGCAGGUACAUGCGGUCCUGGUUGGACUCGACCCCCAGGGCCGUCUCCGUACCCGGGAUGCCUUCCAGCGGUCACGAUUCAUUGAAAACGGAGGUACUCGCGGGUCACGGCGGCGAAACCCUACCAGCAGCGCUCCAAAAAUUACAUGGCGAAUAUUUGGAGGGCGAAACCAUUAGCUCCGGGAAAGCGCCGGGCUAUGAAGACAGUAUAUGUGAAGAGAAGGGAGACAAAGAGGCAUCAGAACAAAGCAAUCCUUCUGCAAAUUGGUUACACGCUCGGUCGACAAGGAAGAAAAGAUGCCCUUACAGCAAAUAUCAGACCCUAGAGUUGGAAAAGGAAUUUCUGUUCAAUAUGUACCUCACCAGGGACCGGAGGCACGAAGUAGCUCGCCUUCUCAACCUGACUGAAAGACAAGUCAAAAUCUGGUUUCAGAACAGGAGGAUGAAGAUGAAGAGACUCAGUAAGGAACACGUAAAAGAGUUCGAGUGACUAGUUUUGAGUUUAAACUUUAGCGCGUAGCCGGUUUUUGCUGUCACUGCAAUAUAUCCUUACUGUAGUUCUGAGAAAACCAACAUGCUUCCACAGCACAGAAUGGCCAGAAUGUAAGGUUUAAACAUCCAGCAAUUCGGCUAUUUAUUUCGAACAUUUUAGUGCAUUCAUUCAGGGAAUAGAGUCACGUGUAAAGGAUUUUAUUGCAGGAUAUUAAGAGAUACAACUUCCUCUCAUUCUCAUCCACUAUAACAGCCAGAGAGAGCAGCGAGCUUUUAUUCCCGCCACCUUUUCUCUCCUUACGGCUUAAAAAGAAACUUCGUGUUAUUUAUAAAUUGCUGCAAUUUCUGUGAAUGCUUUGGCGUUGGCCUUUGUCGCGGGACCAGGAUGGACCGCGUUCCAAAGCAACGCUUUGCAACAAGGACCCUUUUAACCUACAAUUAAAUAUAUAUUUUUAAUUUUUAUUGUUCCCAAUGAUUUAACACGCCUUUUUUUUUAAUUGUUUACAUGCAAAAACGAAUGUUUAUAAUCCAUUUCGAAGACAUAUUAUAUUGCGGUUGGUUUAAGCGCUGUUUUCCCGAUUCCUUUAUCUCUUUGAUUUGAGAAUUUGUUUGCUUCAAUGGAAUUGUGACCACUGUUUAAACCGAUUGAUGACCUACCUUAGGGUCUCUAUUUCUGUAACCCUUAGUCUGUGUAUUCCAGUGUGGGUCUGGCAGUUUUGUAUUAAUGUGCAGUUCGAUGCUCCUAAGGUUUAAAUUAGUAGCACCUUUGUUAAGAGUUUGUACAACUAAGGGUAACUUUUACCACGUGGCUCGUUCUUAAAGUUGUUCUAAUGUUGUAGUAAGCACGUUCAACUGUCGAAGCGAAAAUUUAACGGUUUGUCGUAUAGAAUUUCAUGACGCUUUAGAAAUAAAACACUGUUUAGGGAUAAUAUGGUGAAUUAUGAUUGCUGAACAGGUUACAUAAAAGGAGGAUGACAACAGGGAUCAGCUCAGAGGAAUAAAUUUCAGAAACAAUAACAUUCCUGGUGGCAACUUGUUAAAUAUUUCUCAGUGUUCCUGUCUCUGUCCGAUGUGGAAUUGGUGUUUAUAUUCUUGUGUUUUGCAGGUUUGUGCAGAUUUUACACUUAAGGCAAAUGAACUAACUAUUUUGCAUUAAAAAAAAAAUCUCAAUUCUAGGUGACCUUCACUUUUAGUUAUGUUUUCUGGAGCUAUCCGACAUCAGCAGCGCGCGGUUGCACUAUUUUAAUGUGAUUUAUUACUAAUAAUAAUAAUAAAUUAAACCCAUUGGAUGAUGUGAAAUAUUUUGAACCCACCCUUCUUUGUACACCUAACGCCGCAAUCACUAGAUGGAAAUAUGUGAAUGUAUUAAAAACGGCUGACAAUAAAAAGCUGCUGAAAAAAUUC